UUCUUAUCAGUGGCUAUCAGGAAAAGGUCCAGAGUUCCUGGGGUUAUGAUCACUCAGUAUAUUGAGCAAGUUCCUAAUGGAAAAUCAACACCUGACUUCACCCGGAAGCCAAUGGCUACGACUGUUCAAGAGGGUAAAAAAACAAAACAACCAACAGCAUAAAACUGACUACAACACCAUUAUCACACUAUCUACAAUAGUAACACUGUUGUAUGGCUCUCUGUAUUUUGAUUGUUCAGGUAAAACGGUUCAUUUUAGAGCCAAAGUUAGUGGAGAGCCGGCACCAACUGUCACAUGGGGGCGUAACAAGUGUGAAAUCAAUGACCCAGAAAAGUACAAGACCAGAUAUGAUGAAAGAGACCAAGAGUACAUUCUUGAGAUGCCCGAUGUAAAACCAGAACAAGCUGACACCUACAAAUGCUUUGCCACCAAUGAGUUCGGAAAGGCUGUUUGCACUGCAACACUCACUGUUUUUGAAGUUGGCUUCAAGAAGACAGGACUGGCAGCAAGUACACCUGCACCACAGGAUUUCAGAUCAAUGCUUAAGAAAACUGUUAUCAAACGAAAAAAACAACUCCCACCAAGGAGAGAUGGAGAGAUGGAUCCUAAGCUCUGGGAACUGCUUCUCAGUGCACCGAGGAAGGACUAUGAAAAAAUCUGUAUCGACUAUGGUGUUACUGACUUUCGCUGGAUGCUGAAAAAACUGAAAGUAUUGAAAAAGGAAAAGGAAGAUGAACAGGCAAAGGUUGUAGAGAAACUGGAAAAUGUGAAACAAAUUGAAGUGAAACCCGAUGGGACAGCUGAAUUUAGCCUAGACAUGACUUUACUGGAUCCCAACAGUACAAUUAACUUAUACAAGGACGGCACAAUGGUUCCAUAUGGUGAUGAUGAAAAUUCAAAGCAUAGCCUAAAGAAAACUGGGACUCAUUAUGUUUUCAGCAUCAAAGAUCCUCAGCCAGAGGAUGCUGGAUUUUACCAGGUUGAUGUUGAAGAGGCAAAUGUUCUUUCAACUGACUUUCGAGUGCCUGAUGUGGAGUUUAUAGCAAAUAUUAAGGAUGUGAAAGUUUUUGAAAGUGAGGACGCCCUCUUCCAGUGUGUCUUGUCAACACCCCUCAACAGAAUAACUUGGUCAACACAGGAAUCGUCACUUGAAGAUGGGGACAAAUAUGAGAUCACUGUCUCAGAGGACAAACUAAUUCACACAUUAAAGAUUAAAAAUUGUGAAAAAGAAGAUAUUGGUGCAUAUUAUGCCAUUGCUGGCAUUACCUCCAGCAGUGCCUCUCUCACAGUGGAAGAUCAUGGUGUUCAGUUUGUAAGUGGGCUGUCAGACACUGUUGCUAAUGUUGGUGAACGUGCAGAGCUGUCCUGCAAACUAAGCAGUGAUGCUUCUGAGGGAUGUUGGUAUAAAAAUGGGAAGCUGAUAACCGACGAUGAUGGGGCAACAAUUAUUAAAGAUGGAGCAAGUCACAGGUUGAUAAUUGAUUGCUGUAAAAAAGAUGAUACAGCUUUGUACCGCUUUGAAGCUGAAGGACGUAAAUCAGAAGCAACACUGAAUAUUCAAGGUCAGAAUCGAAAAUGGUGGCUUGUUUCCAUAAAAUCUGAUACAUUUUGCUGUGGUUUAAAAGGAUUUCGGUUUUUGACUAAAACCUUUUUCUCUUAUAUUGAAGACCCACCCAAAAUCGACCUUGACGCUCUAGGAGAAUUCACAAAGCCAGUCAUUAUAAAGGCAGGUGAAAAUGCCGAAUGGAAGCUGCCAUUCUCAGGUGGGGCACCAAUGAACAUACAAUGGUACAAGGAUGAUGACGAGCUUUUGCCUGCCCUCAAUGUGAAGAUUGAAACAUCAGCUACUGAGAGUCAACUAUGCCUUACUAAGUGCCAGAGGAAAGAUUGUGGAGAGGUCAAAAUCAAAAUUAAAAAUGAAUUUGGUACAACAGAAGCAGUUUCGAAACUUAUUGUAAUUGGUUAUCCUGGACCCCCAACAGCACUAAAAGCAGUCAGUGCCUUUAAAGACUGCAUCAACCUGGCUUGGUGUGCUCCAAGCGACACUGGAGGAACCAAAAUAGUGGGAUACAAUUUGGAAAAGAACAAGAAAGGCACUAAUUACUGGAGCCUUGUGAACCAAGCAGGGCCAAUCAAGGAUACAAAGUAUGCAGUGAAAGAUGUCUUUGAGGGGGCAGCAUAUGAGUUUAGGGUUUCUGCUAUAAACCUAUCUGGUGUUGGAGAUCCUAGUAUUCCAUCUGGCACAAUAAUUGCAAGGGAUCCAAUGAAACCCCCAGGCAAAGUCACAGACCUGAAAUUAACAUCAUCUAAUUACACUACAUUUUCCCUGGCUUGGACUAAACCUAAGGAAGUGAAAGGGGUAGAGGAUGAAGCCCAGGGGUACUACGUGGAGAUCAGACCAGUAGAAAGCCUUGAAUGGACCCGCUGUAAUGUCAUCCCAAUUACUCUAACUUCUUACACUGUGCUUGGCUUGAAGGCAAUGGCCACAUACUGGGUGAGAGUAAUUGCUACCAAUUAUGGAGGUGAUGGAGACCCUCAAGGUUUUGACAAUUACAUCAUUGCCAUGCCUCCUCCUGUGAGGCCAAAGUUUACAGAUCGCAAAAUGAAGACCUUUAUGGUGGUGAGAUCAGGAAACACUGUUCGUCUCAACAUCAACUUUGAGGCCUCCCCCUUGCCAGAUAUCUCUUGGUUAAAAGAUGGUAUUCCAGUGUCCAAACAUGUAACAAUUAGCAACUUUGAUAAAGGUUCUCAACUGUUGAUCCCCACAUCUGAGCGGGCUGACACUGGCAUCUACACCAUCACUGUCAAGAACAUUGUCGGCCAGGAGAGCUUCAAUAUUGAAAUCAGAGUUACAGAUGAUCCUAUGCCUCCAGGACCAGUGCAGCUGGAUCAGAACAUCCCAGGAACAGUCACUCUGUCCUGGACUCCCUCUCCAGAUGAGAAGAGGGAUGACAGACUACACUAUAUGGUAUCCAAGCGUGACUCCUUCAAACGCACUUGGAGAACAGUGGAAGAGAACAUCUUUAACAAUAAGUUCACCGUUGUCAACAUUUUGCCUGGACGGGAGUAUUACUUCAGGGUAUUUGCUAAAAAUGACAUAGGACUUUCACCACCUUCUAAGUCCCCUGCGUUUGAAAUCAAAAAGGAAAAAGGAAACUUCAAACUCAAUGUGCCAAAGACAAAAUCUUUGGACUUCGAGUCACCUCCAUCAUUUACUAUUCCCUUGAAGAGGCGCACAGCUCCAGAAGGUUACGAGUGCUACAUGAGCUGUGCAGUUAAGGGUGAUCCAACUCCACAUGUGACAUGGUACCGCAACAAUGUCAGCCUGAACACAGACACCAACUACUACAUCACCAAUGUAUGUGGUGUCUGCUCCUUGCUCAUACUAAGGGUGGGACCCAAAGACGACGGGGAAUACAAAGUCCACAUAGAGAACCAACUGGGGACAGCUGAGUGCUCAAUGAUGCUGAAUGUCAGAGGUAUUAACAUUUGGACAAAGUUUAAAAAUCAUAUAUUUUUCUACAAAGAUUUCCCCUAAUGUAGAUGAAACAACCUGAGAGUAUUAAUGUGUUUCUUUACAGAGUGAAGAAGAGCUGCAGUUGAUGGACAGCUAAACCAACAGAUUCCUUAAGUUUUAAAUCAAAUAGAAUAAACUGAGUGACAACUUUGAUUAAUUUAAGCUACUCUAUUUCCCACCAGUGUGAUGGUGUGACUGUUUCAACAUUUUAUAACCUUAGAAAGCUCCAGAAAACAUGAAUUGAGCAUUUUGGGAAAAUGUCAUAUGCUAUUAAAGUUUGGAGAUAUUACAUCAACCGGCUCUGUCUCUAUUUAACUGAAAAUGUGGUGAAAUACAACACGAAAUUGAGCAUGUUUUGUGUUUUCAUUCAUUUUGAGUUCCACUGUGUCACAUUAUUCCACUGAUGAUUGGUGGCCAUAUCACACCAAGAAAUGCACAGGUUUUCAUGUGUACACCCGGUUUUAAAAUGACAAAAGAGCACCACCUUGUGGUGAACCUGCAGCCUGCUAAACAUAAAUGAAUAAGAAGAG